AUGAGUGCGAAAGAAUAUGCUCGACUCGUUCCACGGGCGCACAGGGCCAGAAGAACACCGGUGAUUGACCGGCCGAUGAGGCCCAGAAUGAUAGCUUGGGCUGGACCUGCAGCUUUCUAUCCAAACAGAUUUUAUGAGAUUGAUAAAUGGUACAAGGGCCGAAUCGAUAAACCAGAGCAACUUCCAAAACUUCAUAUAAUUGAUCCUGCCAAUCAUUUACACUCGCUUUCGGAGUUACUCGAAAGACAAAAGCCGAAUAUAACACCAAUAGAUAUGGGCUUUGCACAACGACCGAAACGGGUCUCAGUUGCCAAAACUGAUGAAGAACGUGCUGUUUUGGAACGGAAGGCUAGGAAAAUGGAAUGUAAGCGAUCUAGAUCUAUUCAUUAUUUUCAAAGUCUUUUUACAGUUUUGCAACAUUAUGGAAUUUUUGAACACCUGUUCGGACCAGGUAUUAUUACACUGAACUACUUUUCCCAUUUCUUGAAAUUUUGCUACAAAUUCUCAGUGUACAUAUAUUCAAAAACUUUUUUAAAAACCUUCGAAAGCGUUAAAAUCGAAUCUGUCAAGCCUGGAGAAUACAACACUUUAAUGAUGGUGAAUCUUGAUGGCAAUCCAUAUGAGAAGGAGGGAGAAGUUGCUCAUUGGGUUGUGGCCAAUAUUCCAGAUGGCAAAAGCAUUGACGAUGGCGAGGAGCUGGUACCGUACCUUGAGCCGCUUCCUUUUUGUGGCACAGGCUAUCAUCGAAUAGUUUUUAUACUAUUUCGGCAUGAGAAACCAGUAAAUGAGACCCUUGCUGGACGGAUUUUCUCGAUGUCUGCCAUGUAUAAACAGAAUGAAGACCUGAUCACACCAUCAUGUGCAACAUUUUUCCAAACAGCAUAUGAAAUAUCUGUGAAGAAUCGAUUACACAAAAUGGGAUUAAAAUCACCUAUUUAUGAAUACCAGUAUAACGAAGCUCUGAAACCGGAGCAGAAGGAGUUCCCCAAGAAGCCACAACCUUUCGACUUGUACAUGGAUAUGUAUCGGGAUCCCAAGGAAGUGGAACAGGAACUGUUGGAGGAGAGAUUACGACGUGCUCAACUUGAUGAUUAUCAGGCCCCGAAAUGGUUGGAUCCAAAUUAUAACGAAAACAAAAAAGAGUUACCUGCUUGGCAACAUCGUAGAAUUCUGGCCAGAGAAGGAAGAUAUCGGGCUCUUUAUAACAACGCUUUGAAAUCGUGA